AUGAUUUCUUUCGUGUCAACUUUUCCAUGUCAACUCUAUGCAAUAGAUCAAUCAUCUUUAGAAACACAGUUUAUUGAAAUCUAUAAUGCAUCAUCUUACCAUCGCGUUUGGAACUUAGGCAGAUCAGUAUUUGAAAGUUCAGCAGCUUCAGCAAAAAUCAACAACCGAAAAUAUAUUAGCACGUAUAAUACUUUCGAUAGUUCAGGUGUACCCCAUUUCUUUCUACUAAUUAUUGAUAUACAAACCAAAUCGAUCGAACUUAAUUUAACAUUAAUUGAAAAACACGAUUCUGGAGCUUUUUUUCACAUAGCAGUGGCAAAUGAUGAUGAUAACAUUCUUGGUAUCAGAGAAAGUUUAGGUGCCGGAUUAAGUUUAGAAGUAGCAAAAAUUAAUCAGACAACAGGUUUUAUGAAAACUAUUGGAAUAUAUCCAGCUGGUGCAUUUAGUGUUGUUAUGGCUUACGCAUCAAAACGUCGAUUGUAUUAUAAUGUUGUUGAUUCGAUACUCUAUGGUAUCAAUAUUGAUACAGGAGGACUAGACGUUAAUAUUGAAAUACCAAUAGAUUAUACAAUUUAUGCGAUCGACUAUGAUUCUAUUGGUGAUCGUCUAAUUGCUUUAGUUUAUUCGCGAUCAACACCAAACGUCUGGUUUUUAGCUCAAAUCAUCAUCACAGAACAACAGGAAAUUAAAUUUGAUCGUAUUGGUAAAGCUGAAAUUCCGUUCGAAAAAUAUUUCUGGUCAACAACGUAUGCAAUCAAUAUAAAUAAACGUUUAUGGAUGACACUAUGGAGCACAACAGAUGAAAAUAUAAGUUAUUUUGUCAUAUUCAAUAUUGAUAAUGGAGACAUUAUUGAGAACCAGAAAACAAAUUUUAAAGAUCUGAGUAAUUUUGUUUGUUUUGAUUGA